AUGUCGGUCAACGAGCCGAUGCCAGUCCGCAAAAAUCGUAUGGCCGGCGUCGUUUUUCGUCGUGAACAAGAGGUCGAGUGGGUACCGCCGCUGCGUCUCCGACAGCUUGCUCAUCUGGACAGCACGCUGAACAGCUCCGAGGCGCCAAAGCCGCACAUGGUCUGGUACGUCGUAGCGAGAUGGGCCGUAGCCGCACCGCCAGCCUUUAACCCAGGCGGCAAAUUCGAGGGCGUGUUUGUGCAUCACGUCAGUUGGUGA